GAGACAGGGUGGGCUUCGACGGGAGCUGUCGCUGCUGCCGCCGGCACCGGGAGGGCGCUGGCCAUGGACGCCACCACGCUGGAGCUGGACGCGGUGAAGUUCGCGAAGCUGGCGGUGCAGCGGGACCAGAGCGGGCGCUACCAGGAAGCGGUCUUCUACUACAAGGAAGCUGCACAAGCCUUGAUUUAUGCUGGGAUGGCUGGGUCCAACUUGGAAAAUAUUCAAGAAAAAAUAAAUGAGUACUUGGAGAGAGUUCAAGCUCUCCAUUCAGCAGUUCAAUCACAGAAGACAGACCCUCUGAAGUCAAAACAACAGUUGGACUUGGAGCGUGCUCACUUCCUAGUUACACAGGCUUUUGAUGAAGAUGAUAAAGGCAAUGCAGAAGAAGCUAUAGAGUUGUACACAGAAGCGGUGGAACUCUGUUUGAAAACAGCUACUGAAACCUCAGAAACAGGCCUCCAGUCCAAACUGAAACAACUGGCUCGGCAAGCACUGGAUAGAGCAGAAGCACUGAAGGAAUCUAUGUCAAAGUCAUCACAGAAAGAAAAGUCAACUGCAGCCAAACCGAAUCAGCCAGUCAGAACGUUCUUUCCAUUGGGACCUGAUUUUUCUUUAAAUGAUAAACCACAGACAAUCAGAGCAGUACAAGCUAGUGAAUCUCAAGGUCAGAGAUACACUGCAGAGGAGAUUGAAGUACUCAGGAAGACUUCAAAGAUUAAUGGCAUUGAAUAUGUACCUUUCAUGAGUGUUGAUCUGAGGGAACGUUUUGCCUUCCCUAUGCCUUUUUCUGAUAAGUGUGGGAAGCUACCAUUAUCCCCCAAACAGAAAGCAAUGUUUGCCAAGUGGGUGCGACCAGAUGACAUAACAAAUAACCCUACGAUGAUCUAUACUGUAUCAAGUUUCAGCAUAAAGCAGACAAUAGUGUCAGAUUGUUCUUUCGUGGCAUCACUAGCUAUCAGUGCAGCAUAUGAAAGAAGAUACAACAAAAAAUUGAUCACGAGUAUAAUUUACCCUCAGAAUAAGAAAGGAGAACCAGAAUAUAAUCCAUGUGGUAAAUACAUGGUGAAGCUUCAUAUCAAUGGUGUUCCUAGAAAGGUAAUCAUAGAUGACCAGUUACCUGUUGAUCAUAGUGGGGAACUUCUCUGCUCUUAUUCCAAUAAUAAGAAUGAAUUAUGGGUGUCACUAAUAGAAAAAGCUUACAUGAAGGUCAUGGGAGGAUAUGAUUUUCCUGGAUCAAAUUCUAAUAUUGAUCUCCAUGCACUGACAGGUUGGAUACCUGAAAGAAUUGCUAUGCACUCUGACAAUCAAGCCUUCAAUAAAGAUAGCACUUUCAGAAUGCUUUAUCAGAGAUUUCACAAGGGAGAUGUCCUUAUCACAACAGCUACAGGGGUGAUGUCUGAAGAGGAAGGAGAGAAGUGGGGUUUAGUUCCAACCCAUGCAUAUGCAGUCUUGGAUAUAAGAGAAUAUAAGGGACUUCGAUUUCUUCAGCUAAAAAAUCCCUGGAGUCACUUACGCUGGAAGGGACGAUACAGUGAAAAUGACACAAGAAACUGGACCCCAGAUUUACAAAAAUACUUGAACUUUGAUCCCAGAACAGCUCAGAAAAUAGACAAUGGCAUUUUCUGGAUUUCCUGGGAGGACCUGUGCCAGUACUAUGAUGUUAUUUAUUUGAGUUGGAACCCAGGUCUUUUUAAAGAAUCUACAUGUAUUCACAGUACGUGGGAUGCAAAGCAGGGCCCGGUGAAGGAUGCCUACAGCCUGGCCAACAACCCUCAGUACAAGCUGGAGGUGCAGUGUCCACAGGGUGGUGCUGCCGUCUGGGUCCUGCUCAGCAGGCACAUCACUGACAAGGAUGACUUUGCACACAAUCGGGAAUUCAUUACAAUGGUUGUAUACAAGACUGAUGGCAAAAAAGUUUACUAUCCAGCUGAUCCUCCUCCUUAUAUUGAUGGUAUUCGGAUUAACAGUCCUCAUUAUCUGACCAAGAUAAAGCUGACCUCUCCAGGUUCCCAUACAUUCACCUUAGUGGUGUCCCAGUAUGAGAAACAAAACACCAUCCAUUACACCAUCAGGGUGUAUUCCUUAUGCAAGUUCACCUUUUCCAAGAUUCCUACACCUUACACCAUUUCCAAACGGGUUAAUGGACAGUGGAAAGGUCACAGUGCUGGAGGAUGUGGAAACUUCAGAGACACCUACAAAAAUAACCCCAUUUAUCAAUUCCAGCUAGACAAGAAUGGACCAUUGCUAAUUGAACUACGGGGGCCAAGGCAAUACAGCGUUGGUUUUGAACUUGUCACUGUCUCAACAGUGGGAGAUCCUGGUUCCUAUAGCUUUCAGAAAAAAAGCAGUGGUGACUACAGGUGUGGAUUUUGCUACUUGGAGGUGGAGAACACAUUUGCUGGAGUUUACAACAUUAUCCCCACGACAUUCUUGCCUCAACAAGAGGGGCCUUUUUUCUUAGAUUUUAACAGUACUACUCCUCUUAAGGUGUCACAGCUGCAGUGAGGAGACAGAACUGUGCAGUGCUGUUCAAGGGGAUGGUUUUGAUCUGUCCAACAGCCUGAGAACAGGUGAACCUUUACUACACAUGCACAAAAGAAAAUUACAUCCUGAGUUAUAGCAAAAUGCAUGGAAUCACAGAUUGCCAGUUUAUUGUGGCAGGGAGUUAGCUGUGGGUUUGCUGCUGUGGUCCAGGAGUGAGCACUGUUCAACAGGCUUGGGAAUAGGCUAAAAUGCAUAUAUUCAAAUGAACCAGCAGAACUCAAUUUAUUGCAGUUUUUCCACACUUUGAAUCAAAGUCUAGUGAGUUACAAGAAAAACUAGCAUUGAAAUUCUUAAAAGUAAACAUGUAAGAAAAAAAUAUUCUUGUGUAUUCUGCUUAUUCAGUCUCAGGACCAAAUAGCUUUUAUUACAUACUUGUGCUGCUAUCUAUAAUGUUUCAGCACUGAACUGGUUCUCACAUCUAAAUGUAAAUGUACUACUGCUGAGCCAAUAGUAUUCCAUGUGUCAUUUUAUCUGGAAUAUGUAUAUAGGAGUAAAGGAAAAGGAAGGUUCCAGCUUUAGCUAUUUCUAAAAGCAAAGCAAGUGCUUUGCUCAUGUUAUGUGUACCUUGAGAGCUGUUACUUCAUAUCUGUAUGACUUUAGUACAUAAUACAGAAUGAGGUUCUGUGGCUUUCUUCCUGCCAUCUGCCAGACCUAGGUUGAUCCUGAGGAGCAGGAAGGACAGGAGGUUAUCCAGCAGUAGUGAUCAGGCAGUGCAGCACAGCUUUCCAUGAGCAGUUGUGGAAGGUUUUCAUCUGAAGAUCCCCUGUAAGAUUCACUGUAUCUACAGAGAGAGGGUAGUCUCAGUUGCUGGUGCAGGGAGAUGGGGAACUGCCCAUCAUCAGCAACUCAGCAAAGAAAUGUUUUAUUUUCAUCACUUUUGUAAGUAUGCGUCAUGUAGGGAAGGAUCAUUUAAACCUCUCUCCCAAUACACCACAGCUUUAAGGAAUGCACUUGCUGAUUCCAUUAUGCAAGACAUCUUUGAAAAAAUACUUUUUUCCUUUUAAAUUGAAACCAGUGAAGGAAUUGAGCACAGGGCCAGUGUCAUCAAUAGAAGCAAGUAGUGGAGGUGGGAUUAAUGCAGAACAAGUUAUUUUUUUAGAAGACCCCCCCCACAUGUGUUCUUCCUCUAGAUCUGUAUAAAUUGUAUCUGAAAAGGAUUCAAGAUGAGAAGUUUUUAUUUAAUACCAACUGCCUCACAGAUCCUGAAAUAGAUUAAAUUUUGUCAUUUUUACAAAAUAUACAAUAUUUCACAGUUGGGGGAGAGGGUAUUUUUAAAACAGCCAUGGGAAUUUUGCUGCCAUUCACACUGGUUUGGCAGUUUUCCAAGCAAAAAGGUAGCAUUUGAAUCUUGCUUUAGAUUACAGGUGUCACUUGGCCAUUGGGAAACUGAACACACAUUCUACAGUAGCACCAGAAAUUGCUGUGGGCUAAAAUUAUUCCUACAAAAAUCUGCUAUUAGUCCUCUCCAGAAAGUAGUACCUUUUAUUCUGUUUCCUUCAUCAGACAGCUGCUAAACAAGUGUCUGGCACUGAAAGGGCAGGGAUAGUUCCUGCCUUGGAAAGCACAUGCCUUGCUGACUGCAGUUCUCUGAGACUAUCUGAGCUAGGGAAUUUGUGACAAGUUUGUCACAGAGUGACUUACCUUCUUUUGCAGGCAAGUUUUUGAUGUUUAGUGCAAUAAAUCAACAGAAGAAACAGCAUGGGUGCAAGCUGAGAAGAAACCAGAUUAGGUUCUCUGUGGUUAUGCUUGGCUUUUGGAGUAUGUGCCAAGGACUGCUUCAUCCCUAAAAUAUGAACAUUUCAUUCAGCUCCCAUUUUCCCUACAGAUUUCUGUUAAGUUUUUAGCUGAGGCUAAACCAGAGUAGCAGUGGAGUGCUCCAUGUGUCUUAUCACCUCUAAAGUUUGAGGUAGUCAGGAAGUAUGAACUGAGUAUCUUUUUGGCAGUACAAAAGGCAGAUGCCAGAAGUGCCAGUUUUCAGCACCAAUUUCUUGCACAUUCUCUGCUGUUUGAGAUCAAGCUGGUAGACUUGCCUACAGGAAAAUCUGUUGUUCUUCAGUAGUUGGUUUCUACUCGACAGGAAGGAGUUUUUCUUUCUCUUUCCCCCUGAGCACAAGUUAGUGCCAAAGCUUAUGCUGCAUGAAAUAAGCAGAAGGCUCAGCUUCCGUACUGUGCUGAACUUAAAGUGAACUGAACUGAAAAGUAAAAAAUGUACUCACUUUCCUAAUGCCAGGCAAAGACAUUAAGGCCAAAGGAUCCUGUCCCCACCAGGAUAUGCCAAUAUUUCUUACACCUUCAGAACAGUCAGUGGAUUGGGCUCACCCCCAUUAGUGCACAGGACUUAAGUUUACUGUCAAUCUUAUAUAUAUAUAUAUAUAUAUAAAGCAAAUUCUAUUCAAAUAUUGCAUCUGCAUAGGCUGCUAGAAUGCCAUCACUGUGCAUUUCCCUUCAGAUAUAGGACAGAACACUCAGGUGAAGUAUUUAAGAGGUACUACUAAAUAUCCAUAUGAAUUGCAGCCUAGGGAUUCUGGUUAUGGCAAAUUUAUUUUACAACAAAAUUUUCUUGCCCUUUUUUUCUUAAGAAAAAACAUUGAUGUAAGCAUUUAGGAUUUGCUUUAGUAUUUUCUGUCAAAUAUAUACUUUUAUAUAUUUUCCACAAGUAAGUCUGGAAAAACAAUUGCAAAGUGAACUGAUCCUUAAAUUUUAACACAGACUUAGACAACUAAGUUAAGCUUUUCUUUCCCCUGUACUGUUUAGCAUUUUUUGAGCCAUAUGACAGAGAACAUAGUUUGUUCUGUUAGGAAGACAGAGGUUAGCCCUUGGUUGAUCCAAUCUCUCAGUUCUCAAAGAUGCAGUGAGACAUAGUACCAUGGAUGAAUGCUAUCAACAGCUUCUAUCCCAACUGCCCCAGACCGUGAGUCUGAGUUCAGUCCUAGUCUCCUGCUGCAAGCUUCAUGUAACUCUUUUGUACAAUAAUUAUGCAUUUAACCACACAAUCUCUGCAGCCUUUGAACAGCCACCUAUUUAGAACUAAGUUUGUGUACAUACAGUAGAGGUUUUCAUCGCUUCAUCUAAAAGGACACUGAAAUUGUUUGAUAAUACCAAAGAGAAGUAGAACUCCUAGGUUAAUAUUUGCUUUAUACAUUCUCACAUCAGGGCAGAUGAAGCAAUCAUGUAUACUUUGAUACACCAGAGGCUUAUUUUUAUACCCAUGAAGGCAGCUACCAUCAAGUUACACUUCAGAAUCCAUGAAGAGCUUAAGUAAAAAGUAACUGGAGAAAGCUUGUUCAUUUGCUUGUACUACAUAGCAAUGUGUGUUCAUUUAAGUCUGUCAUAUUUAUAAUUAUGGCUUUUAUGAAGUUUAAAAUAAAAUGAGUUUUCCAUUAA